UUAUUUUCGAACGUAUCAGUUCAGUCAGACUUGUGUUAUUUAUUUUUUCAUUUUUCGAUUUACAUGUUCCAUAUUAAUAGUUGUAUUCAUUUCUUGUUGUUUUUGUUUUUCCAUUAGGACUUUUAUCACUUGCAAUGGAUAAGAAGCACGUCUCCUGCAUGAACAUGCACAGCAAGCGAACCGUGAAGCUACUAAUCGAGAAAUUCGAGUGUAUGGGUGAGUGCAAGGCUCAAAUAGCUGGCAAGCAGAAGGACUGGAACAUCCAGGCCGUUGCUGGCCGUGUUGCCGCUACUGUGGCCAAAUUCGAGCACAGCUCCUUCCUCAGCCAGCGGUUAAUGGAGGCACGCCUUCAGCACACCUGCGGCGAUCAGGCCACAGAACUCUGGCUGGCCGAACUGAAACGCAAGAUGCUCGAGGAAGUCAUGAAAUCAUCGCAGGCCAAGCUCGCGCUCGCGGACAAUGCGAUACAAUCGGAACGCGACAACGAGUCGGUGUUAGCGGAUUUGCGGCAUCAGGACAUCUUGCUAGAUCCGUCAAUGAUGCCGCCAGUACCGCCUCCGUCCGCCGCCGACGAAUUGAGUGGCGACAAAUCAAAGCAUCUACUGACUGCACAAGGCUCGAACACCAGUGUCUACAACACAAACAAUGACCUGCCACCGGUACCCAGUUUCAACGGAUUCGACUUCUCAACUAGCCAAGUGCUGAUAUGUUCCCUAUCUCGCCAGGUGAUGAGGAGUGUCUAUACUUGCGGCCAAGCCAUAGCUGCAAUUGGUAAAUGGUUCGCUCACGCCUGGUGCCGCAUUCUGCCCAUCAACCGACGCGUCGACGUGUGCUCCACCUCCAUGCAAGUGCUAUAUCAAAAUUCUCAGCAUCGUACAUAGUCCGCGUUUUGGCAGCUUGCCUCAUAGUUCGAUGAGAUGCAAAAGGUCACGACUGGAGGGCGAUAAAUCAAUUCUAUGUACGUCUUGUAUGACCAUUUAAAUUCCAAGUGUAUAUAUUGAUAAAUUUAUGAUAGCAUUAA